AUGGCAGGCGGCAGCGUCGCUGACCUGCUGCAAGAGGCCCCUCUGGACGAGGCGUCCAUAGCCUACAUUCUUCAUGAUCUGCUGCAGGCUUUGGAGUAUCUGCACUCGGAGAAGAAGAUCCACCGCGACAUCAAAGCGGCCAACAUUCUGUUGAACGAGGAUGGUGAUGUCAAGGUGGCUGACUUCGGUGUGUCCGCCAAGCUCACCAAAACCAUCUCCAAGCGAAAGACGUUUGUGGGAACGCCCUUCUGGAUGGCGCCUGAGGUCAUUCAGAACACCGACGGGUAUGAUGAGAAGGCGGACAUCUGGUCGCUGGGCAUCACAGCCAUCGAGAUGGCCAAGGGGGAACCGCCCUUUGCGGAUCUGCACCCCAUGCGCGCACUCUUCCUCAUCCCCAAGGACCCUCCGCCGCAGUUGGACGACCACUUCUCAAAGCCCUUCAAGGAGUUUGUCAACCUCUGCCUCAACAAGACCGCAAGAGAGAGACCCAGCGCCAAGGAGCUGUUGAAGCAUCGAUUUGUGAAGUAUGCGCGCAAGACGCCAAGGAUCAUCGACCGCGUGCGGGAGAGGGUGGAGAGUGCGGGGGAGCGAGUGGUAUCGCCGCGCAUGAAGCCAGACGACCAGGUGGACGGCCCUCCCCAAUCCGCCGCUGCUGUCGCCGCAGCUGCUGUUGCUGCCGCCACCGCUGCUAGCAGCGCUCCCAGGCAUUCGCGCAUGGCGAGUUGGGAUUUCGGCACGGCUACAGGCACCAUGAAACCCACUGAAACACUGCGCAGGCAGAUUCGCGCCGCUGUAGCUGACCCUUCUGAGGGGGGUGGGGCUGAUGGCCUGGGGCGGGAUGACGGGGGAGGGGGAGGGGGCGGGGGGGAUGGGUACGAUGGGGGUAAGCGGAGUGGGACGGUGCGGCGCAAGCCGCGUGACUCUGGGAGUGGGACUGUAAAGAAGGGCGCGAAUACAGGCACGGUUAAAGCCAGCAAGGGGAAAGGGGGGUCGUCUGGAGGAUCGGGGGGAGGAGCAGGGGGAGGAGGGGGAGGAGGAGGCGGAGGGGGAGGGGGAGGAGGGGGAGGAGGAGGGGAGGAGGGAGUGGCGAAUGGGGAGAAAGGGGGAUUGUAUGGGAGCGGGUGGGGGAGUGAGAGUGAGGGCUCAGGCACCGAAGAAGAUGGGUGCGCUCUCUUUCUUCCCUCCCGCUUUUCCAACCCUUUUCCUUUGCCUCACAGGAGGGCGGCAAGGGGCGCAGGAGAGGGAGCAAGCCCCCCCUGCCUGAUGGCUCUCGAGCGGAGGGGCAGCAAGCCGCCCCUGCCUGAUGGCUCUCCUGCGGUACGAUGGGAGGUGGCAUGGAAGGGAUGGGCCAAGAAGCGGCGAGCAGAGGGGGCGGGCCAGGAGGGGGAGGAGGGGGGGGGAGAUGCCAUGGACAGUGGCACAGUUCGAACAAGAAAACCCAAGGCAGGGGGGCGGAAGGGCGGAGGAGGAGGGGGAGGGGAGGAGCAGGGAGGAGCGAGAGUGGCUGGCAGGGAUGCUGCUGUGUCGUCUUCUCCUCUGCUAUCCCUUGUGCUCAUGCCUGCAUUUAAAGAGGUGGCAGCGGAUCAGCAGGAGCAGGCAGCAGUGCGGGCAGCAGCAGACGCAGCAGAUGCUCUGGUGGAGAUGGAGAGGUGUGCCCCUGGCUCCUGUCAGCUGCUGCUUGCCAGCCUGCUCGGCAAACUCGGCAGUGCAUCAGAGGAGGUGCCUCCUCUCCGUGACCUGAAGGCCAACGCGCGCAGGCAGUUUGGGGGGCCAGGGGGCGAGGGAGGAGCGGAUGGGCGAGCGGACAGGCGGCAUGGCAAGGGGGGCGACGAUGACGUGAACAACCUCAGUCCCCUGGGAAGCUUCCUCCUCCGCAG